UGCAAGUGCACAUUUGAGAUGGAGCCCCUAUGAGCCCCUGGUAGCUUCUUGUUCCUGGUAGUAAGGCCAGGAGCCCCUAGUAGCGUCCUUGCUCCUAGUAGCGAUGCCAGGAGCCCCUAGUAGCGUUCUUGUUCUUAGUAUGGAUUGAGCAAAUUAUUGAGCUAUGCCUAUGCUUGCUGUAUCCUUCUGUCGUUUCAACUCAAGAUCGAAAACAGUGUGGGACCAUGGCCAGCUUAGUGAAGGCUGGCAGAGCGGCCAUAGUGCGCCGCGCAAGCUUCCCGGUGAAGUGUCCUGUUUGGACAUUUGCGAGAUCUCAUUCUCGUCGUUUUUUCGGCGCAGAAACUCAUGGAGGUGAUGACAUUCACAAGGUGGACCGCCUUGUUUGUGAUUUCUCGGUGACGACCAAUGCCUUGGGCCCUGUACCAGCGGCCGUAGAGGCUGUGAAGCAGCUCUUGGAAGGCCCUGAAACUCUGCAAACUUGGAAUAUGCAUUUGGGUGCAGACCAGAAGGUGACCUCCUCUCCUGCAAUUGAGCACUAUCCACAACGGGCAGAUCAGCCGUUAGAAAAUCUGGUCGCCACCUUUCUUCGAGGGGAUCCAAAUGAGGCACAAAAGCUGAUCUUUGGAAAUGGGGCCAGUGAGCUGAUAGACCUUUUGGCACGCGCAGCUCCACAAGGCAAGUUUUGCCUUAACCCUCAAACAGAGGUGCAAUACAGGGAAUACCAGCGUGCUUGCACCAAUGCCGGCCGGGGAACCACAGACAAUCCUACGGAGGCGUCAAUCAUUUGCCUCGUGAAUCCUAACAAUCCCACAGGAGAUUUUAUGGAACGAGAAGAGAUUGAAGGAUGGAUUUCCAGCAAUGCCGCACCUGGCAGCUGGGUCCUGGUAGACGAGUCAAUGCUUUUUUGGGCUGGACCAGACUUUCAGCAGCGGGGCGUGAGCUCUCACUUCGUUGACAGCAUGGUCAAGAAGCAUAUCCACAUUUUUUUGGUGCAGUCGUGGACAAAGAUUUUCGCUUGCACCGGACUUAGAAUAGGGACAGUCUUGUGCCCGACUCAGGAAAAGAGAGAUUCCUUGCUCGCAAUGCAAGUGCCCUGGUCUGUGACGGCUUUUGCCCGAGCGUAUUUGAGGGCGGCAAUGGAGGACCGUAGCUACCUGGAAAGAACUUGGGCUGAAACUCCUGCCUGGCGCUUGCAUAUGGUGACACGUCUAAAAAGAUUGCAUCCAACCUGGCAAUUCCUUGGGAAACCAUGGCUUUCGUGGAUCUGGAUUGAUACUGGAAGUACGGAUGAUGCCAAGGAUGUAUAUCGAACUGCCUUGCAUUGUGGCUGUCCAAUUCGCCAUGCCGCAUCUGGGUAUGACAAACCAAGCAUUGUGAGAUUGGCCGUGCGAAGACCUUAUGACUUCUCGGUUCUCUACCAGGCGCUACUACGCAGACAAAGCAAUGCUGCGUCUCUAGGAAAGCAGAUGACCUUCGGUACUUCAGCUGAUGUAAAUCCAGAUGUCAUUGAAGGCGUUCGCUUGGUUCACAUUGAUGAUCUACGUCCUCACGAAGAGGUCUUGACAGACCGGGCAGAGAAACUGCAGGAGUAUGUCCGAGACCUCCCAGUGAAGAUCUUGCCAGCGAUCAUCAUCGAUUCUCAAUAUGAUGUGGUCAUUGACGGUCACCAUCGUUUAGAGCUUUUCAAAGCUGCGGGUUUGACCAUCAUUCCUGCGGUGUCAGUGAACUAUGAGCAUCCAGAUAUUCUGGUGAAUCCACCUGGCAUGCGUCCAGAUGUUUGCAAGGAACAGGUGAUCGGUUCUGCAGUGCGAGGUCAAACCAUGGAGCCCAAGACCACACAGCACUUGGUCCGUUCGCGGGGAGGAGCGCUACUUCCCAUCAUUGUCCUUGCACCACAAAUCGCAGAAGUGGCGAAGUGAUAGCAAUACUUUUGACAGCUUUUGACAGGAUGGCAAAUCCCCCUCUAAUUUCAUACUCUUGCCUAGUUGUUGUUGAUUUCCACCUGAAAUCACGACGCAGCAUCUCACACUGCUGGCAUUUGUCGUCCGGGUGAUUUGAA